GCGGGGCGCAUGCGCAUCGCCGUUCUCCCCGCCCCUGGCUGCUAGGGCUGGUCUUUCGCAGCUUUAACCAAAUUGGGGGGGCUUCUUCUUCCUCGCGGGGCCUGGAGGGUCCCUGCCGCUUGGAGCCUCGGAGUUCAAAGACAAAGCCGAUGUAGUUUUUGGCCGCAUAGUAGAAAAACGUGGUAACCGUGUACAUACCAAGAUGUCUGAGAAAACUGUCCACAACCUAACCCCUGCCUUUGACAGCAUACCCUACAGAAUGCAAAACCGAACAGGUUCUACAAACUCUUUAUUGGACGAUGGUGAUUACUUCCUGAACUCUGGGGAUCUCACAGGGAUUCCUGUUGUUGGGAGUGAUAAUGAAGAUGAGCAAACGUUUGCUCCAAAAGAGGCUCUCCCUUCUGUCCUUCGCCCUGAAGAGAGCCGGGGAGAUGUGAGGAGGAUUCGGGAUCACAUAGUGGACAGUGAGAAAGACACACAGAUGCAAAAUGUAAUCCAGAAGGAACUCUCUCCGCCUUUUGACAAAGGACCCUCUGUAUUUAAGUCCAUUCGGAAAGACUUUAGCAUAGCAAGAGAUGAUGGUAAAGAGAGUUUUUUGACAAAGGAGAAAGCUAGAGAAGGACCGUUUCAAGACCGUGACAAACGUUUGGACAAAAUGCCGAAGGAGUUGGAUUCUAGAUUGAAAAGUAAUUUCCUUGAUAAAUCAGUUACCAAUCAAGUAGAAGAAACAUUACGUACCCAAUUAGCACCACAAACUCCAGAAAUUAACUUCAGGGAGUCCAGCUACCUAUUUUCUAAUAAGGAAUCUAUUGGGCAAGAGCAUGGGAAUUCGUAUGCAGCAAAUAUUAGAAUUAAGGAAGAGCCUUUGGACAAUGACUAUGAUAAAGCUAUGGCACCUCAGCAGGGGCUGAUGAAUAAAAUUAAGGACGAACCAGAGAAUACUGAGGAAUAUGGCCAGCAGCCAAAAACUCAGGAAGGGGAACUGAAGAUCAGUGCUGUGUUUUCAGUCAGUGGCAGCCCUCUUGCUCCACAGCUAACAUCAAGUGGCCCGCCCAAUACACCCUCCGCAGGGGUAAACAAACUGCUUCCUGCAGUCCCAAGUGCGGCUGUUCGGGUUUCCUGCUCCGGCUGUAAGAAGAUCUUGCAGAAGGGGCAAACAGCUUAUCAAAGAAAAGGUUCCACUCAGCUCUUUUGCUCCACACUGUGCCUCACGGGAUACACUGUACCAGCUACCCGGCCACCAGCUGCGACCAAGAAAACCUGCUUCACCUGCUCAAAGGAUAUUCUGAAUCCAAAGGAUGUCAUUACUGCUCAGUUUGACAACACAAACGCCAGCAAAGACUUCUGCAGCCAGUCGUGUCUUUCCAUGUAUGACCUGAAAAGGAAGCCUGUCGUCACCAUUCACACAAAUAGUAUUUCCACCAAGUGCAGCAUGUGCCAGAAAAAUGCAGUGAUUCGGCAUGAAGUGAAUUAUCAGAACGUCGUGCACAAGCUCUGCAGUGAUGCCUGCUUCUCCAAGUUCCGUUCAGCAAACAAUUUAACCAUGAACUGCUGUGAAAACUGUGGGGGCUACUGCUACAGUGCCUCGGGCCAGUGCCACAUGCUUCAGAUUGAAGGGCAGUCCAAAAAGUUCUGCAGUUCAACAUGCGUCACAGCAUACAAGCAGAAGUCUGCAAAAAUCACUCCGUGUGCAUUGUGUAAAUCUCUGAGAUCAUCAGCUGAGAUGAUUGAAAGCACAAAUAAUAUGGGGAAAACUGAGCUCUUCUGUUCUGUGAACUGCCUGUCUGCACACAGAGUUAAAAUGGUCACAUCUUCAGGUGUCCAGAUUCAAUGUAACAGCUGUAAGACCUCAGCCAUCCCUCAGUAUCACCUCGCUAUGUCCGAUGGGAGCAUACGCAACUUUUGCAGCUAUAGCUGUGUAGUAGCUUUUCAGAACUUGUUCAACAAGCCCACAGGAAUGAACUCAUCGGUGGUACCCUUGUCGCAGGGCCAAGUUAUAGUCAGUAUCCCCUCAGGAGCAACAGUUUCAGCAGGGGGCAAUACUACCUCAACAGUUUCCCCAAGCUCUGUCAGCAGCUCAGCUGCAGCCGGUCUCCAGAGGCUCGCUGCUCAGUCCCAGCAAGUUACCUUCUCUCGCACUGUCGUCAAACUCAGGUGUCAACACUGUAACCGCCUGUUUGCAACCAAGCCUGAACUGCUCGAUUACAGGGGGAAAAUGUUCCAGUUCUGUGGCAAGACCUGCUGUGAUGAGUACAAGAAGAUAAACUGUGUCAUGUCAAUGUGCGAAUACUGCAAAAUAGAGAAGACUAUCAAAGAGACAGUGCGGUUCUCAGGCAUUGACAAGUCAUUCUGUAGUGAAGGCUGCAAACUGUUGUACAAGCACGAUUUAGCCAAACGUUGGGGGAACCACUGUAAGAUGUGCAGCUACUGUUUGCAGACAUCUCCCAAGCUGGUUCAGAAUCAUUUUGGGGGCAAGGUGGAAGAAUUCUGCUCAGAAGAUUGCAUGUCGAAAUUCACAGUUUUGUUUUACCAGAUGUCCAAAUGUGAUGGGUGCAAGAGGCAGGGUAAACUAGGCGAGUCUCUGAAAUGGCGAGGGGAAAUUAAGCAUUUUUGCAACUUGCUUUGCAUACUGAUGUUUUGCAACCAGCAGUGUGCUUCUGAUCCCCCACCGCCCCCGCCUCCACCUCCUCCACCACCACCCCCUCAAAAUAAUACAGCAAAUCUUUCUAUGACACCAACAUCCUCAGCUGGACCCCCUCCGUCUCUCAGGAAGGAUUCCACUCCAGUUAUUGCAAAUGUUGUGUCCCUUGCUAGUGCUCCUGUUGCUCAGCCCACAGCCAAUUCCAACAAUGUUUUGCAAGGUGCAGUUCCUACUGUGACAGCAAAAAUAAUUGGAGAUGCAAGUACCCAGACAGAUGCUUUGAAGCUGCCUCCUUCUCAGCCUCCCCGGCUUCUCAAGAACAAAGCAUUGCUGUGCAAGCCCAUAACGCAGACCAAAGCCACCUCUUGCAAGCCUCAUACACAGCACAAGGAAUGCCAAACAGAAGAAGAAGAAGAAGUUCCACCCAAAAUCAUCAUGGUGCCUGUUCCUGUACCAGUGUUUGUGCCACUCCCUCUUCAUCUCUUCACCCAGUAUACACCAGUUCCACUGGGAAUGCCAGUACCCGUUCCAGUUCCUAUGUUUGUCCCACCUGCCCCAGAAAAUACUAUCAAGGCAGUAGAAGCUGCUCCAGAUGUCAAGGAGAAGAACCCCACAAAUGCCUUUGACACGGAUCUCCUGCAAAUGGCAGAAAUGAUCACAGAAGAUGAGAAGGAUAAGGAACAUUCUCAAGGAGGCUCUCAGACAUCUGAACAUGAGCUGUUCCUGGAUCCUAAGAUAUUUGAAAAAGACCAAGGCAGCACAUACAGCGGUGACCUGGAGUCCGAAGCAGUGUCCACCCCUCACAGCUGGGAGGAGGAACUGAACCACUAUGCCUUACGCUCCAAUACAGUGCCCGAGCCUGAGCCUGAGCCAAGGCAGUUCUCCAAGGGGGAACUGGAGCAGGACCUAGAGGCCGACUUCCCCUCAGACUCUUUUGACCCAAUCAGUAAAGGACUGGGACUUCACUCACGUGCACGGGCAAGACGGAGACACAGAGAUGGUUUUCCACAGCCAAAAAGAAGGGGGAGGAAGAAAUCCAUUGUGCCUGUGGAACCCCGGAUGCUUGUGCAGAGCUCCUAUCCAGGCUGUUCCGUUUCUGGGAUGAGUCUCAAGUAUAUGUAUGGAGUGAAUGCCUGGAAGAACUGGGUCCAGUGGAAAAACUCACAGGAAGACCAAGGAGACCUGAAAUUCGGAGUUCGGACUGUAAAACUCAAAGAGGACAUUCUCUCUUGCUCUUUUUCGGAGCUGAGUUUUGGCUUGUGCCAGUUUAUCCAGGAGGUGCGGCGACCAAAUGGUGAAAAAUAUGAUCCCGACAGCAUCUUAUACCUGUGCCUUGGAAUUCAGCAGUACCUAUUUGAGAAUGGUAGAAUAGACAACAUUUUUACUGAGCCCUACUCCAGGUUUAUGAUUGAGCUCACAAAACUGUUGAAGAUCUGGGAGCCGACAAUACUUCCCAGUGGUUACAUGUUCUCAAGAAUUGAAGAGGAGCAUUUAUGGGAGUGUAAGCAGCUGGGCGCCUACUCCCCAAUCGUCCUCCUGAACACGCUGCUUUUCUUCAACACCAAAUACUUCCAGCUGAAGAAUGUCAGUGAGCACAUGAAGCUGUCCUUCGCCCACGUCAUGCGGCGCACCCGGACUCUGAAAUACAACACUAAACUGACGUAUUUACGCUUCUUUCCUCCUUUCCAAAAACAGGAGGUAGAUUCUGAUAAAGUAGUAGGCAAAAGAAAGCGUCAUGAGGGUGAAGAGGUCCCAACAGCAGUGGAGAUGAUUGAGAACACUGACAACCCCUUGAGAUGCCCGGUCCGACUCUAUGAAUUCUACUUAUCAAAAUGUUCUGAAAGCGUGAAGCAGAGGAGCGAUGUCUUUUACCUCCAGCCAGAGCGUUCGUGCGUCCCCAAUAGCCCCAUGUGGUAUUCCACUAUGCCCAUUGAUCCAGGCACUUUGGACAUCAUGUUGACGCGCAUCCUCAUGGUAAGGGAGGUGCACGAAGAACUUGCCAAAGUCAAACCGGAGGACUCUGACCCUGAGCUUUCAGACUAAAGACAGGUGAAUGGGGGUGCGUGCUCUCUCUCUCUCCUUUUGGUUCUGUUUUGUUUGUUUCCUUCCCUUUCUGAUACACCUUCCAAAAGCACCAAACUGUGAAUGCACCCAGCCUUUGGGAAACUAUUCCUUUUCCUGUCACAUGAACUCUCAGAAGGCCCAGCAAAAGCUGCAGGAGAUCGCAAAAGGAGAAUCAGAGGACACAAAAUGGCAGAAGGUGCAAGAAAAUGGAUAUUGCUGUUGAUCCUGAAAAUAGUCUCUUAAGAUGGACUCAUUUCUUUUGUUCCACACACCCUUCCCCCCAGCGGUGCUUUUAGUGGGACAAAAACCAAUUAUGGAUUGUUGGGUUUUUUUCAUUCUUAAAAGGAAACCUGUUGUGUAUAUCCUUCCCUCCUAACCAUGGAAGCGAAGAAAGCUAGAUUAAAGCCCUGGGUGCUUUUGCGGUGUAGCUGCUGCCCACAGGUACGUGGGGUUUCCUAACACUUUGCGGUAGAAUGCAAAACCAAACGUAGUAGGGUGGAAACCAGUGGAAAUGCUGUCUGUACCAGUUCAACUCCCUUGUCCUUUUCCCUUUUAUAUAUAUAAAUAUAUAUAUAUAUACACACACAUAUAUAUUUUCCACUUGGAUUGGAUGUUCAGAAACGAUGACCCAGCCAGAAGAAGGGAGCAACAGGCUAAGUCGUGGGAGGAGAAAUCAUGGUUGGAUGUUGUGAAAUUUCCUCACUUUUGAAAUAUUGGCUCUGUGACAUCCCUCACGUGGCAGCAGGGCAGGCCACCCGUCAAUUCUCCAGUCAGCCUGGGCAGUGCCCACAAUGGCUAGGAGGUUUGGGGAGCUGUGGUCCAAAAAAGUGAUUUUUUCCAAGCUCUGCCCUGCUCAAAUUACUCAGCUGAGACAAGUUGUUCCAGUAUGUGUGUGGGUGCGCAUGCUCACACACAGACCUUUCGGUUCAGACAAACUGGGUUUGACACAGAAUGCCCCAACACGGCCUCAUAAAAAAGAAAAUGCCAGACUGCUCAGAAAUAGUUCUGCAGGAAUUGUGCCCCAUCCGUUUUAUGUCCAUCCCCCCUUUUUAAAUCUGUCUCAGUGGCAGCUUUUCCUCCACCUCUCAUCUCCCCUUUGGGUAGGUCCUGUUUUUUAUGUUUUGGAGGGAUGGGCCUUCUGGAGUCUUUCAGAAUUUGGGGGGGGUUUACUUUGGUUUUAAUUAUCCCCCCCCACCUUUAAUUUUUAAAAAAUGGAACUGCAUUCUAAUUCUUGGGCAGGUUUAUUUGUCUGCUCUCUUUACCACUUGCUUUCUAAAAGUCCUGUAAAAAUAAGGUCCACAUUUGAAAGUGAACAUUUGAAAGGCUUGGCUGUGUUACCUGUAUCUCCACUCCAUUCGAAGUCCCUCUUGUAUGAAUGCAGGGUGCUAACCCCUAGCUAGGUCAAAUGCAUUUCACUACCCCCUUCCCAGCGUAUGCCCUUUUCUCAGUCUCGCAGAUCACUUUGAAGAUCCAAAACUAUUUUUUAAAAGCGGAUAAUUGUUAUGUAUGUUUUUAUUGGCAGUUUUGUCCGGUCACCAAAUUUCUAAGGCAAGAGUUUUUCUUUUUCUAAAAACGCUCUGGUUGAUCUCUCCAACGUUGAACAAAACCUCCUUUUUUUGUGUGCGUGGGUGUGUUUGGGGUAUUCUUUUUAACAGUAACAAAGGUAACAAUAAAAUCAGAAAGUAGUCUUCUUCUUCUCCUCUUUUGCCGUCGUGUACUUGGUCGUCCUUGUCCCCUGCCUUGUAUUGAAGUUCACUGGUGUAUAUUUGAAAUGCAGAAAUUAUGUGGGGGGAAAUAUUUUUGUUUAAAGCACCUCCCUUACUCCCUUUGAUUUUUUUCCCUGCCCCUCAUCCUCCAUCGCUUGCCAUUUCUGAACAGAGAUCCCACUUUUCAUUUUAGAUCUCAAGAUAAAAAUUUAGAAGUCAGAAGGAAACGUUAUUACUGGCCAUGACCUUUCCAGUAAAAUUUCCAGUUUCGAAGAACACUAUUCUCUCCCAGAUGUUUUAAGAUACUUAUAUUCCACCGACUCUUCCUCCCUGCCCUUCAGGUUCUCCCUGUAGCUGUAAGAAUUAGUAGUUGAAUAGCAGAUGCACUGUUAUUAAUUUCGACAGCAAAUAUGUUGUUUUUUUUUCUGGAACUUUAAAAUAAAGUCCCUCAUUUUUUUUUAAAAUGAAAGUUUUAUGUUUCUUAACAGAUACAAUUUACUGUAUGGCUCUGUAAAGGAUUAAAAAGAAAUAAGUGGUGUCUUGGUUGCAUGUUCAGUCUGCCCAGAGUCCUCUUCAUCUGUGAUUGAGAAGCCCACAGUAGGUGGAAAAUCCUCAGAAGUGCAGCUAUUUAUGUCUGUCGGACUGGUUUUUUGUUUUGUUUUUCUUAGAAAUCGUGUGAAAUUUAUUUUAUUUUUUUCCUUCAGGGAAUAAUAAGCAGCAAGGGAAAUACCCAAACCAUCUUGUUUGAAUCUUUUAAGAAGAAGAAGAGAAAAAAUUUCCCCUGGUUUUUUUUCCUUGAUAGAAGUUAAUCGAACGAUUCCCGUAGAAUAAAACAGUAUAUUUGUAUAUGAUG